AUGAGACUAGACAGGCUUUUCUCUGCUGCAGAGGUUAAAAAGGCAAUGUUCAACAUGCACUGUUUGAAAUCUCCAGGUACGGAUGGGUUCACUGCAGAUUCCUUUCAGGCCUACUGGGAAGAUGUAGAGGAGCUAGUGGUGGAUAGUGUGCAACAAUUCUUAAGGACAGGGAAUACGCUCAAAGAGUGGAACCAGACUCUUUUAGUUCUGAUCUCGAAGGUUAGGGUUCCUGAACGUGAAGGUCAGUUUAGACCCAUCAGCUUAUGCAACACAGUUUAUAAAUGCAUUUCCAUGUGUAUGGUCAACAGGUUAAAGAAUAUUCUCCCAGGCCUCAUCUCUGAAAACCAGCAUGCUUUCAUACCUAGUAGGUACAUGGAGGAUAACAUUCUUCUGAGCCAUGAGCUUAUGCAUUUGAUUAAUUCAAAAAAAGGGUCGAAUUUCACUGCGAUCAAGAUUGAUAUGUCGAAGGCCUAUGAUAGAGUGGAUUGGAGAACUUCGGGACACUUUGUUCCUCAGUGUGGCCUAAGACAAGGUGAUCCUCUUUCUCCAUACCUCUUCAUAUUCUGUAUGGAUAUCCAUUCAAUAAUGUUAUCGUUGGCAGAGGAUAUCAACCAAUUCAAAGGCUUGAAAGUGUCAAGAAGGUCUCCUUCUAUCUCCUACCUCUUCUUUGCAGAUGAUGCUAUGUUGUUCUUUAAGGCGGACGAGGAGUCAUAUUUAUGUAUUAAUGUCAUUCUCCUUCGAUUUGGUAAAGCUUCGGGGCAACAAUUGAACCUUCAAAAAUCCUUUAUUAAGUUCUCUCCGGGUUUUGACAACAACAAAAGGUUAGUAUUGAAGAGUAUCCUCUCUAUGCCAGAGACAGAUAAUAUGGGAACCCAUUUAGGGGCUCCGAUUGAUAUACAGGGGAAGAAGAGUUUGGCCUUUCAAUUCUUGGUUGAUAGAGUGUCUGAUAAAUUGGUAUCCUGUGCUUCCCUCAAUCUGUCACAAGCGGCAAAACUGGUUCUUAUCAACACGGUUCUAGUAAGUAUCUGA